AUGCGUCUCGCGAAGUGCAUGCCGCAGGCGGUGAAGGAGGUCGCGGCGGAACGGCAAGCCCUCGCGGAGGCCCGCGCGGCUGUGGAGGAAAGCGCGCAGGCCGCAUCUGAGGCACUGGAAAUUGAGAGGGCGAAGAAGCUUCUGGAGGAGAACGCGGCGAGGAUCGCAGCCACAGCAACCCAACAACAGCGCCGCCGCGAAACGCGCGAGGAGCGACUGGAACGGCUUCGUCUGGAGCGCGAGCUACGCGAAAAGGAGCAGCAACAGAAGCGACGCCAGCGGCAGCUCGAGACAGCGGCAGCUCGUCUACACAUAAGCGUCGAGGAUCUUGAGGCCGAUGAAAAUCUCUUGAAGAGCAUCGAAGAAAAGGGUUCCCAUCCUGCCGCAGCGGAGACACCCGUGGUCGAACCCUAUCCCAGCUCAGGUGAUAAGAAAGGGAACCUUGUCGAAGAUGAAGACGAACUUGUUGCGAAGAAGCCCGUUGUGUUGUUCUCAAGACCGGUUAUCAGCAAUGAGGGUAUUGCGCGUGAGAUGAAGGCCCUUGAAAAACUUCAACAGGAGAAUCAAGAACAGCCAAUGCACACUCAUGCUAAUGAUGGCAUUCGUCUUCCAGAAGAAAAAGAAGAGGACGAUGAUGAUAAGCCUUAUGCUGGAAAACAAGCCCCUCGUUCAAAGGGAGCUCGGGGCCUUCGCCAUGAUGAUCUUGAGGGUGAGGAUGAGGAUGCCAGCUUCGGCAUCAAUGGUUUAAUGCGCAGGCGACCAAGACGUCUCUGA